ACCACUUAAUUUCGAAUGAAAACGCCAGCAAAGAGUCGAUUAGAAAUUGUGCAGCUAAAAAAAUAGAAAUUCGUGGCCACAGGAUGUUUGGGAACCUGAAAAAGAAGCUGAGUAGUGCGAUUCAGGAGGGCCUGGUGAUAUCGGAGAGCCUGCAGCAGCAAUAUCGCCAGCGUGUCAGUUCCGGAAACUCGGGGAGCAGCCAAGCCAGUGGGCUUACGACCCCCACCUCGCCACUGGGUCUCAACGAGAGUCUGUCGUCCAGCAGGAGCAGUAAUCUCUCCCUAAGUGCUCCCUUCCAGCUAACGGAUGGUGUGCCCAGCCAUCUAAAUGUGGCAGCGGGUUGCAGUUUGCUGGCCAAAUACGAGGACGAUUGGCAGCAGAUCCACGGGGCCAAUGAGGAGAAUGCGGAUAAGGCCGCAGAGAUUGCCACUCAAAUUUCCGGUGUCCAGCAAAAGGCAAGCAAUCAGCGCAGGAUCGUCAGUGAACUGAACAGCAGUCUGUUGGGGAUUCCAACGUUGGUUGUCCAACUGCAAGCCAGCUUAAAGAUCCUGCAGUCCCUCGAGCAAAUGGGCCAGGAACUUGAGGUUGAGCUGGAGAAACUGGAGGACCUGUGCGAGGAAUGCGAACUCCAGGAGUUCAUCCUUGAGCAGCAGUUCCAACUUUCCCGGCACAAGCAACGGAAGCUCAACGAAUUGGAGCAGUAUCGCCAGCAAGUGGCCUCCAAACACCAAUCCAAAAUCCAAGAUCAGGAGCAGAAGCUAUUGAAACUGCAGAGGGAGCGACAGGCUGUCUUCGAUGAUGCCUUCCGUGGCGAUAUGGAGGAGUACAAACAGCACGGCCAGCUGACAAAAAUUCAAACCAACAGCAACAGCUUACACCUGUCGCAGCUUUUGCUAUACCCCGCAUCGCCCCCGAAGUUUCCGUACCCUUUCCUGGACUUCGAGCUUAUGGGAGCAGUUGGAUCCGCUUUGAAGUCACCAAUAGUCGAUAUGUCUACCAAGCAAGCGAAAUUUGUGGAAAACACAAUUACCAGCAAUAAAGUGGUGAUAUUUAGUAAAUCAUAUUGCCCCUAUUGCACGAUGGCUAAAGAACCCUUCCGAAAACUCAAUGUGGAGGCUCACAUAAUAGAGCUCGAUGGAAAUCCCGAUGGCAAUGAGAUUCAGGCGGUUCUGGGCGAAAUUACAGGGGCCAGAACGGUUCCCCGCGUCUUUAUUGACGGCAAAUUCGUAGGCGGCGGCACAGAUAUCAAACGAAUGUUCGAAACCGGUGCUCUGCAGAAAUAUUUCCAGUAAAUAUCCGAUCGUGCAAUUUCCUAUACUCUGUGCAAAGCUCCUUUUCAUGUACAAAAGUUAGAGCACUUUUUCUAGUUAAUGUUCAAAGUCUUUAAUAAACUCUUUUAAAUAAUGUCUGCUUGUAAAA